AUGGAUCUAAAGAAUAAACCAGAACAUGAAAUUCCAAUUCCAGAUACUCCAAAAGGAUAUCAAUUACUUUAUCAACGAGCUUGGAGUUUUCAUCCUCAAGAACGACCUUCGAUCGAAUAUAUUAAUGAGGAACUCGAUGAGAUGUUAAAGAAUUCAAAGUCUUCUUUCUUCUCAGAUCUUUUUGGAAAAAAACCAAAAAAUCAUGUCUCCUCAUUUGUUAAUUCCUCAACCCAAAUUAAUUCCGAUAAUUUCUCAACUCAAAUUCAUUCUGAUAACGCAAAUAUAAUUCACCAUCGAGUUGUCUCAGAAUCCACCAAUCCAUCUGUUUCAAAAAUCAUUCCUGAAAUUAAUGAUAGAAACUCAGGUCCACCACUUCCUAAAAAACCUUCUUAUAUUGGUAUUAACCAAGAAACUGUAAUUCCUCCCAACAUUCCUAAAAAACCUCCUGAUAAUCUUAUGAAUUCUGACUCAAAUGUUGAUCAACUGAAUUCCAUUCAACAUCAACAUUAUAGGCGUUAUGAGCUCGAAGAGCAACAAAAUUUGGCAUUUUCCAAAGAUCCAAUACAGGAUCAAAAUAAAUCUACUCCUUUUCAACAAAACAGUAUUCAUCAUAAAACUCAAUAUAACUCUGAUCCAAUUAGUCAAAGCCCACAUCCUCAAUAUGGUUACUACCAACCACCACCUCAUUUGGCCAUUUAUUCUUAA